AUGUUCUAUCGCCAGGUUAUUGCAACGACCAGUCAUGGGCCAGCCGAGGGAGAUGAAAUCGAUGUCAGGGAGGGCGACAUUAUGACUGUUCUCGUCGACCUCUCCGACGGUUGGUACAAGUGUGCCCUGACAGAUGGACGGGCGGGCUGGGUCCCGAAGAAAAUCUGCUCCGAACUGGACGAUCCCACGGCACGCCAACUGCAUCUAAGCAGCUUUGCGCUUUCCAGGGAAGCCAGCCGAGCUUACUCUGAGAUGAAGAGGCAGGAUCGCGGAACAGUCUUCCAGCGCCUGCUGGCCUUCUUCGAGACAGAUCUCUAA